UGUCAAGAGGAUGCAAGGUUUGCCCGGUGGCCUACAGAAAUCCCCGGACGUCACACGUGGUGUGGGCGCUGCCUGCUAUCGUCGGAACGCCAGCCAAGACUCGCUCAAGGAAGAGCGGCCGCCCUACGCACUCGACGCCAGAUGAAGCCUCGCCGAUGGUUUCUCCCUUCCCCACGUUCCUGCCAGAAGCUCCGUGACAGUCUUCAGGCCUGACUAUGAUUUGCACCGCGGUUGCCCGAUCUUGCCAUCUUCCUCCACCCUAGGACCCCCAGCCCGGCACAACGACAUGAUCACUUCCUCACCCACAAUCUCGCAACCGCCCUCGCCGAACACGACCUUCCACACGCCUAGCCACCGCCCGUACCAUGCCUCGCGACGCACAUCGGCAUCCUCCAGCGCCCACUCGCCCCGCUUUGCCGUGACCACGGUAGCCUCACGGCGAUUCGACGCGCCGCCCACCCCAAAGCCCGCCUUCUCGGCGCCCUCGCCAGUGCCCACGUUUGCGCCCUCGCCCCAGAGUCGCAAGAGAGGAUACGUCGACUCGGGCACACAGUACUCGCCGUCUGGGUUUCCUCCCACUUACCGGCCGCAGCCCAGCAACCGCACCAGCGCCGACAUCGCUCUCAAUUCCUCCGCGCUCGACCAAGACCAGGACCAGGACCAGGACCAGAAAACGGCCGACUCGACGUCUUCGAGCGCUCCUGCCAUUGUGCCUGCACCGCGGGGGGAUACCUCCGCCGCGCCUGUCGUCACGGAGCCCCCCGAGCCCCAAGUGCGGGUAAGUCCGCAGCCUAUCGCGCCCGCGUACAAUGUGCAACCCCAGGGUCGCCGCAUGUCUCACGAGAGCACGCAUGCGGAAGUAGAGCCAGCCGGCGCGCAGAAAGAGCAAAGCACUGUCUUGCAGGUUCCUGCUUCGCCAGCCAAGAGAGCGAGGCCCGAGGAGCCUGGUGUCAAGGUCAUGCCUCUCCAGUAUGAGACGUGCGACGUCAAAGACCUCGGUGUGCUCAUCUCCGACAUGCUCAUGGAGUUGGUGCGGCUCAACGACGGUUAUCCGCUGCGCGACGGCACACUUACACGAUUCCACUCCAGAGCCCCGCCGGGCAUUUCAGUACGAGACUAUCUCUCCCGCCUCAUAGUGCACGCUACACUGUCUCCGCCUAUUCUCCUCUCCAUGGUCUUUUACGUCGACAAGCUGUGCGCCAUGUAUCCCGCUUUCACAAUCAGCAGCCUCACCGUGCAUCGAUUCCUCAUAACUGCUGCGACAGUCGCGGCUAAAGGCCUUAGCGACAGCUUUUGGACCAACAGCCUAUAUGCAAGGGUCGGCGGCGUCAGUGUCCGUGAAUUGGCGCUACUUGAGCUCGAGUUUCUGCGGAGGCUUGAAUGGCGCAUUGUCCCAAAGCCGGAAGUACUCGUAGAUUACUACAAAGGUCUGGUCGAUCGUGGCUCAGGAUACGUUAUAGAGAAGGAACGGGAAUCAGAACCGACGGUCAGCUCCAACGACAUACCCACCCCUACGGGAUCAGCGACAGGAAUACACACCAAUCAAUCAGGUACAUAAUGAUGGAAGCUCCUGAGCGCUGAGCAGCAUCAUGCCACGAUACCAAGCCAGCUCAUGAAACGCUUCCAAAUACCGUUAGCGUCUCUACCUCGAGAGCUUUAGUCGCAAUCAUGAGUUCACGAAGACGAUGUUGUGGAUCAUCUUAUCUGUUCCCAAUAUCAAGCCAAACCGUGGCCGCCAUUGUAUGGAAGGCUAGGAACACGGCUGGUUGGAUAUUGAUGAGCUGGCGAACAUGACUCGGCAGGAGUUAUCACUCACAGCCUGUCCUCCAACGAGGGAUCUUAUC